AGCCUGAAUUUUUCCUCGUCCUACAACUCCUACGUCCAAGAAACUUUACUAUCACAUGAAAGAUGCAGCUACUGACCGCUUGCCAUCGCACAACAGCAAACACACCUACACAACAGGUAGCAGGCAGCAAGAAGCAGGCACCCUACACCCUCACCGCCCCUCACCACCUCACCCGCCUCAUCCACGCGCCUAUACUGCCAAGCGGUAAAUCAGUCUCACCAUCACAUACGCGGCUCCUCCCUCCCAGCCCCAUCACGCGCCCCCCGCAUCUAUAUAACUCCCUCCCCCUCCCCCUACCCACCACCGCUUCUUCCUUUCUCCAGCUCUCUCUGCCAUCCAGCUUAGAUCCAAGUGAAGCAUCUGUUCUUUCCGUCUAAUCGCCAGAACGCCCUCUACAGAGGGCAUAUUCGAGAUGAAGUAGCUUUUGGACCCUGCGCUGCUGCUACUGCUGCUGCUAGGACUUGUCUUGCUUGGUGCGGCGUGCUGUGUCGCUUGUAUUGCGCUGUUUUGGGCUGAUGCGAUGGGCUUGCUGCCUGGGUUGCGGUGGUGGCGAGCUGUGGCUUUUUUCUGCGCUGCCGUAUGUCCUGGUUGCUUUUGUUGCUGUGUUUAGCUUGGCUGGGCCUGUGGGGGUGGGGGCUUGGGGUGGAAGGGCUUUUUUCGUUGCUUUGCUUUUGGUCUGGGGUGAGGGUGGUUUGGGCGGUUGGCGGGGUGGUGGUGCUGGGAUUUACGUGGUUGUUGGUCGGGACGUGGUGGUGGGCAGAGCUGUUGAUGGGAGAACUUUACUUGAAUUGGCUCCUAGGUGAGGUUAAUUUGUCGAGUGGAGGGAACGGUGGUGCUUGCUGUCGGGUUGGGUCUGGGCC